CCUUAGACGAAAUUUCGUUUAAUUCUUCAGCCUUCGCCUCCGCCGCCAUAAACCCUAACUUUGACCACUUUGUCCCUGAUCCGUAGUCCACCUGAUCCUGUUCUUCCGGCGAUGGCAUUGACGGCGCGGUUGCGGGAGCUGAUGAAGAAGUACGGCACGGUGGCGCUCGGCGUCCACUUCUCCGUCUCUGCCGCCUCCAUCACCGGCUUCUACGUCGCCAUCAAAAACAACGUAGACGUCAAUUCCAUGUUCGAGAAGGUUGGCCUUUCGUCCGGCGUCCCUGAUAAGGAGCCCUCUGCUUCAUCUCCCUCCUCUGGCGGGGGCGACGGCGACGGCGACGGCGGCUGGGGCAACGAAGUCGUCUUAGACGGCCAUGAAUCUCCGCCGCCGAGGGAGGAACAGAAGAAGAGGAGUAGGACAGCGGAGCUGGCGGCUUCCUCUGGCGGUGCUUUUGCUCUUGCGAUACUCUGCAACAAGGCCCUGCUUCCGAUCAGAGUACCUAUAACAAUUGCUCUCACGCCGCCAGUAGCAAGGUUCUUGGCUCGGAGGAAUCUCAUCAAGAAGCAUGUUUGAUACUUCAUAUGUCUGUUCCGGGUGACUAGGAGCCCAGUUUGUUCUUGAUGAGAAGUUCUUUGCAGUAUGUUCGCUGAUUCGAUUGUGCGCUUCGCGUCCACUCAGUAUUUUUGAUCAAGCUUUAUCAGAUAACUAAUAGACAAAGAAGUCAGUAUUCUUCAGUAAGCACAUGUACUUUGCCACAACAAUAGGUGGAACUCCUAGUUUUUCUGCCAAGUGCAUAACUUGGUCUCCUUAUACUGUCUGAAUUUUUGUUGUAGGAGAAACAAUAAAUUUGGUCUCCAUGUUAACUGACCAGUGCAUAAUUUGGUUCCAUGCUGCUUCA